AUGGGCUCGGUUUCCAACCAGCAAUUUACAGGGGGGUGUUCCAAGGCAGACGAAGAGGAAUCGACGAGCGCUAAAGAGGACCCAGGCCCCUUCCACGGCAGCGGUGUGUGCAAAUGGUUCAACGUGCGAAUGGGGUUCGGAUUUCUGUCCAUGAUGAGCAGAGAGGGGACCCCCCUAGAGACGCCUGUAGACGUGUUCGUUCAUCAGAGCAAGCUGCACAUGGAGGGUUUCCGCAGCCUGAAAGAGGGUGAGGCCGUGGACUUCACCUUUAAGAAGUCGCCCAAAGGCCUGGAGUCCGUGCGGGUGACUGGGCCUGGAGGGGGGCCCUGCACGGGCAGCGAGAGGAGGCCCAAGAGCGUCCAGAAACGCCGCUCCAAAGGAGACAGGUGUUACAACUGUGGAGGGCCAGACCACCAUGCCAAGGAGUGCAAUCUGCCCCCUCAACCAAAGAAGUGCCACUUUUGCCAGAGCAUCUCCCAUAUGGUGGCCAACUGUCCGACCAAAGCACAGCAAUCAUCGCCCGUUUCCCAGGGGAAGCCUGCUUCCUUAGAGGGCGGGGACGAAGGAGAUCAGGGCCACACCCCCUUGCCCUGA